AUGGAUUACGAUCGCAUUAGACCAGUGCGCUUCUUGACAGGAUUCUUGGGUUGGUGUCGCCUCUGGCCAAGAGAUGGACCAAUACCCAAAGAGAAUUGGAACAAUUGGAGGGAUUAUCUUUUGCACACACCAUUUGCCAUAUUAUUCAUGGUUCUGCUGUGGGUGGAGGCCAUGAUGAGCAAGGACAUUGAGCAUGUUGCCGAUGUCCUGUUGAUUGGUUUAACCACCACAGCUUUGGUGGUCAAAAUGGUGAAUAACUGGAAAUAUGGCCAUGUGGCCCAAAGACUCCUAACCCAAUGGAGUACCUCCGAUCAGUUUGAGUUGAGGAAUCAGCGGGAAGUGGAAAUGUGGCAAUUUGAGCAUCGUCGUUACACUCGCGUCUUCAUUUUCUACGUCAUGUGCAGUGCCGGUGUGAUUCCCCUAAUUGUGAUCAAACCUUUGUUCGAUAUUCCCAAUCAAUUGCCAUUCUGGAUGUGGAUGCCAUUCGAUUGGCAGAAACCCAUUAGCUUUUGGUAUCCAUUUAUUUAUGAGUUUAUAACGAUACCCAUUGUUUGUGCGUGUAAUAUUACCAUGGAUGGUGUCAAUUGGUACAUGAUGUUGCAUCUUUCGCUUUGUUUGAGGAUGCUGGGACAGAGAUUGAGUGAUUUGCGGGGAAAUGAUGAAAAGUUGGGUGAGAAAUUCCUAGAGUUGGUGCAUGUGCAUCAGGAUUUGAAGCGACAGGCCUUGGACAUUGAGACCUUCAUUUCGAAGAGCACUUUCAUACAGAUUUUGGUCAGCUCUUUGACCAUUUGCUUUACCAUAUAUUCCAUGCAGAUGAGUCCCGUGAUGCAGGAUUUGAAUAAAUUUGCUGCCAUGCUUCAGUAUCUCUUGUCCAUGAUCAUGCAAAUCCUAUUGCCCAGCAUUUAUGGCAAUGCUGUGAUUAAUUCGGCCAAUUCAUUAACAAGUUGUCUAUAUCAUUCCGAUUGGUCAGAUAUGAAUCCUCGAAUGCGUCGUUUAAUUCUCAUGUUUAUGGUUUACUUGAAUCAUCCUUUGUCCUUGAGAGCCGGUGGCUUUUUCCAGGUCGGCUUGCCUUUAUUUACCAAGACCAUGAAUCAAGCCUAUAGUCUGCUAGCCUUGCUGCUCAACAUGAAUAAAUAG